CCAGGAACGCAAAAUUCGAUGCGUGUGGUGGAAAGAAUCGGCGCCCGGGUCGGUCCGCGCGAAGGCGAGAGCAAGCGGGCCGCUGCGCCCGCGCCUGUGGUCAUCGAGCGCGAGAAGACGUGCCCAUGCCUCAUCCGCGUCUUCUGCAACACAGCCCACAACCGGCCGGAAGCGUACAAUGCCAUGCACGAGACGCCUCUUCCUAACGAGCUGCACAUCUACACGUGGAUUGACGCAACGCUGGGUGAAGUCGCCGGCCUCGUGCGCGAUGCGAGCGAAGAGGCGCGGAAGCACGCGCGCCUUGCCUUUUCGAUUGUGCUGCCCGACCGCCGCGGCAAGUACAUGCUCAAGAAGGCCGGCGUCGUGACCACCCGCAAGGCGUCGCCGGACGAGGACAAGACGCUGGCAAGCUAUGGCUUCCAGAACGGCGACUUUCUCGACGUUGCGCUCUUCAAUUAACUAUUCCAACGCGCACUCUUCUCGUACGACGAUGCACAGUGAUCCAAUGUGACGACGUUCCAUGGACAUGGUCUAUGCAGCACAUGCUGUUAUAUUUGUCGCGUCUACUGUGUGCUAUCGAGG